CAAUUUUCAGACUCUACCGGCGACGUAAAUGGUGCUCAACAAGGGAAACGUUGUCUGGAUCCAGUAUCAUGAUUUUUGCUGCCUCCAAUCGCUGCGGCACAGGUAGGCUCGAAUUGUACGUAUUUCUCGGAUGCGUGUUGCUGUCGUGGGUUUGUGGGUGGGGAGGCGCCAUGCGGAGGCAGAGUUUGUUGUUGUGAUUACUGUGUACACGUCGCCUGGAGGCUCACGUCUGGGAGCGGUAACCGAACAGCCGAAACAGUGCGUUGGGGUGAAGAGCCGAAUAGGAAGGAGGAAGGUUCCUGCUAGGAGCGAACUGUUAGCGAGAUCAAUCAUCAGCACCUCUAUGGCCAAGAUAUGGACGGAGAAGGGGAACACUGUACAGAUGCAAGCUUUAACCAGCCAUGGUGUUUUCGGUGGAAAGGAUUGUUCUUAGGUACAGUAGUGUAGGUUGCCUUGUGUGGGCUUGGAACCGAAGCGACUCGAAUUGCAAGUUGUGACCGGAAAAGUGGAAGGCAAGGCAAGACGAAACAUCCUCGUCCGGCAUACUGUACCUGCCCAGGGGCAUUC